CAAUGCUGUAAAGCCUCGAUCAGUCUGCAUCCGCAGGAAGGAAAAAAAUCAAACCGAAAACACUCUGACACCGAUGCGCUUGCGGGCGGCUAUUCCCAGCGUGCUCUAACUCGAGGUGAUGAGUCCUGGUGGUGGAUCUGGAUGACUUUUGAUCCAACCAGGUCCUGGCAGGCUUGAGAGCGUGCCUCUACUGCUGAGCUGAGGAGGAUUUUUGGAGUGGCACCAAGGCCACAGCAAACCACCUAUCCAGCAGCCCAGUCCUCGCGAACGCGAAGCGCGACAAACCACCAGCGGCCAGCCCACUUCGUUUCCCGCCGUCCGUCCCCGUCCGCAUCAGCACCCACUUCUGUGAAGCAUUCCAACCCUGCGAAUUCCGCAAGGGCCGAGCAAAAAACAAAGAAACACAAAAUUGACCUAGCAGCACCACGCUCGCCUGCACCGCCAGCUUUGGCUUCUCCAACGCCCCCCGAAAGGAUGGCGGCCGUCGCACCUGCGCAGGUCAAUGGCCUGGGCGCUCCCCCAUCAAUUCCCGCCUCGCCAGAUUCAUCGACGUCUUCGACAAAGCGGAAACGCGACGCGACCGACGACGGCCCGGCCGUCCAGAAGACCAACGGCAUCGACGGCGUUCCACCUGCAGCCAAUGGAAACCAGCCGCGCCAACGCGACGGGAAGCAGCUCAUUCGGGAUUUCUACGAGGUUUUGCGCCGACAUGAUCCCACGCCCUCGAUCCUCGCGCGACCCAUCGCGGCAGAUGCCACCUUGGACGAGCCUCAAGCCAAACGGCAAAAGGCCGAAGACGACGCUUCUUCGGCCCCUGCCCCCGCUGCUGCCACCACCGCCACAACCACAACUAUCGACGACAAGGUGUCCAACGAUGGCUAUUCCACCCUGGAUGAUAUCGUGGUGGACAUUAAGCGGGCUGUAAAUGACGCAAUCUCUGAGCUGCAAUCAUCCAUCGCAGAAGAGAAACCAGAUGCUAGCGAUGAAGCAAUCGCACAGGCGCAUCAGUUUCGAAAGCAGGCCAUGGAGCUGUAUCGUCGCGAAACCGCAUACCCUGCGGUUGUUGGCGCACUCCCCAGCUCAAGUCUUUCCGGCGAGCAGCCUGAUGGGCGAUUCGCAUUGUCCGUUUAUGGCCUAGGUCCCCAGCCCAAGACGCUCUACACGAAUCUCCAGUUGCCAGUAAGGACGUCAAAUCGCCCCGAGGGCGUCUUCAGAGAUGUGUCAGCAGCCCGGCUCCCGCCUGGUAUCAUGGCCACCAAGGUCAUGCCUCACACGCCCACUACCAAGAAAAGCACCCAGGCGCCCACGCUGGGCCAUCUGUUCCCCCCCGCCGCAAAUUUGCCCACCUUGCAGGCCCCGAAGACGGCCAAGACCACGACCAAGGGCAACAUGCUCGGAUUCUACCACCCCGACCCCAUCGAGAAGUGUGCCUACAGGGUGGGGCAUACCUACUUCUCUCAGCCUGUCUCCGUGGGACAUUGGGUCGACUACACCAACGCGACGCCGUCAUCACACUCUCACGGCAAGACCAAGCAGAGGGAACGAGCGCAGAGCUUGGCAGGCCACAGACCAUCAUCGGUCGAGCUGGAAAUGUCAGAAAUGGAAACGUUAUUCCGGAAGGCGUUUACCAGUUUUGCGCCCUCCAAGGAUGACUCAUCUGCCGUGGUGUCCUCUACUCAGGCUGGCCGCAUCUGGUGGCAGCGCGUGGGGCAACGACAGUACCAAAGGAUGAUUGAUGCAGACGAAUCACCUGAAGAUGCGCGAGACGAGCUCGCCGAAGGGGGGCAGCUCGCGGACGAUAUUGACGAAGAUCUUGUGCAGGAGGCAAUUUCCAACUGGGAAGAGCUUAUCGACCCUGGCCUCGAGAAAUCGACGGCAGGUGUCGAGACGGACGAGGCACAGGCCAUCGACGACAAACUGGCCAAGGCCUCCGAUCUCAUCGAGACGCUUGCGUCAUACCAGCGAAACCGAAAUUUGACGCUGCCGACCAGCAAGAACCGCAGAUCGACUGAACCUGUCAAUGUGGACUUGCUCCAUGGUGGUUCAUUAAUCGUCCAGCAACCGGGCGACGAGGAGAUGGAGGCCUAUGUGGCUCUGAAAAACCAUCUCCUGGACAUUAUUUUGGAACUGCCGCCGUACGCCGUCUCGAGGUUGGACGGCGACAAACUGGGCGAUCUCUUCAUUAGUACGAAAAUCGAAAUCCGAACCGAUGUUCGUCCCGGUGUCAAUGAGGAGGACGAGGCCGCAGUCAAGGCGCGACAGAAGCAGCAGAUGGUGCAGCAGGCGCAACAGCAACAGCAACAGCAAAGGCAGCAGGCGGCGCAAGCUUCGGUCAGCUCAUCCCGGCAGCCCCACAGGACGCCCAGCAUGUCAGCCGGGGUGCCGUAUCCCAAUCAGCAGCAGGGGUACUAUGCGAACCAGACCCGGCCGCCGGUGCCGAACGCGGCCCCUCCCCCAUACUACCAACAGAGCCCCGGCCAGGCCAUGCCCCAGCCGAUGCACCAGCGGCCGCCAAUGCCGGGCGUUAUGCAGCCGCAGAUGGCCCAGCACCAGCCCCAUCCUCAACAACCCCCACACCCUCAAAUGCAGCAACAUCCACAGCACCGCUCGACGCCUUCGCAGCAAUACCGUCAGCCGAAUGGAUACCAGCCAGGAUAUGCUCAGCAGCUAGCCAAGUCGCAGACGCCGUACGGCCACAACAACAUGCAGUAUCCAGGUACACCAGGCCAACCUCAGCGCUUACCACACGGCUAUGCGCACGGCGGUCCCAUUGGCACACCCACGCAGCCGCAACAGCAGCCGCAACAUAGGUUCCCGAGCUCUGGACAGGGCUAUGCGACAGGCUACCCAAUGCAGCAGCACCAACAAACUCCGCAACACCAUCAGCAAAUGUACCAGCAGCAGCAGCAGCCGUCGCACCACCCACAACACCCAGGUCAGCGACAGGGGUAUUCACAAUACACCAAUGGUGCUGCCAACUUGCCGCCACGACCUCCGCAGCCGCAGAUGGGUGUUGCUCAGCAGCAUCCAUAUGGGCAGACCCCGCAACACCACACACAACCACAGCAGCACACACCGCAAAUGCAAGGGCAGCCUAGGUACCAGCCGUAUGCACCGUCCGGUCCCAAUCCAAUGACCCCCGGUCAGCCACAGCGGUACUCUAUGGCUCCUGGGGGCGGUGGCAUGCAGCCGAACGGAACCUCGCAGGGGAUGUCACCGUCGCUGGGGCCGUCUGGCUUCUACACGCACAUGACAGACACGCAGCAGAGCCAGCUUGUUGAGCAAUCACAAGCGCAAGCGGCCCUGCAGGCGCAGGUUCGUAGAUCGGUGCAGCAACAAACAGGGGCUCUUGGUGAUAAGCUCAUGCAGGGUGGUGGCGGCGUUGGGGCCAACGCAGGGCUCGCGGGCAUCGGUCUAAAAGGGAGCUUUGAUGUCCAGAAGCAACUAGCCGCCGUGGCGGCAAACAGGGGGGUGACUGGACAGCCGGGAUCGGGGCACGGCGGCAUGAUGGGACAGAUGCCCCCAGGAUCCGGUCCGAGACCGCAGGUACCGUCACCGGCAGGCGCAGUGGGCACCCCAGGGGGCGCAUCGCCGUCCAUGAAUGGGAUUCCGAUGCAGCCGCAUCAGCGGCAGCAAAUGAGCGCAAGCCCUGCCGGGUUCUCACACGCGAGUCCAUCACCCGUGCCUGUGCCCAUCCCUGGCGGAGCACAGACUAGGCCUCAAUCAUAGCCCGAUGGAGCCGCCGGUUCUUGUGCCCCUGGCUGAGAAGAACAAAGUGGGGGUUUGCAGGGCUGGAGCGCCUACUGCACAUGGCCGAGGCCUCACCCCGCUACCUCCAACUGUCUCUCGGUGAAGUCGGGGCGUGCAGCCAAGCUUGGGUUGCUAUGCCCGUGUCACAAUACUUAGAAUCACUUUUCGUCAUCGCCGUUUUCUUUAUACCUUGUUUGAGUCUAAUAUUCAACCUCUUCGUUCUUGGUUCUCUCUAUCUUCUAGUUUCUUUGGAGGCGCACGUCGACAAAAGGGAUGGCCUCGCCGUUUGGAAUCGACGUAGCCUGGCUGCUCAAGGCCAGCCUCACUAGUCAGUUUCCUUCUGGUUUCACAAACGAGGGGGGCGUCAAAGAUGGGGGCAAAUUUGGGUUCCUGGUCUAGUCUAAUGACAUGGGAGAUCUUCACAGCAGAAUAGGACGCAGCCGACCUGGAUUGGGGGCAACGCCCACACGAUAGCACUUCAGGGCCUCUUUGGGUGUGGCUUUAAACGGGCGGCUUGCUUUGGAGAAGAAUAAUUAAGCUCGUCCGUCCAGCUCUAGCUCGUUCUAAUUCGUCAGUUGUGUUCCGAUCCCGACGGCAGCACUCGUGUUCUCCCCGUUGUCGUUACAAUGUUUCCUGUUUCCGUGCUAGUUGGAAUGGUGAUUUUUUUUUUUUUACUCCAAAGGGUUUGACUAGGGGUUCC